CACGGCAAGACUUCAUCCUUCUUUACGGCUGAGUAAUACUCCACUGUGUACACACACCACAUCUUCUUUAUCCCUUCUUCGAUCGAUGGACGCGUGGGCUGCUUCCCUGUCGUGGCUGUCGUGGACAAGGCCGCUGGAAGCACCCUGGUGCGGUGUCCCUUUGGGAAGCAUGGCUGACUCUCCCAGGGAGGGAAAACUGGCCAGGUCCCUGGACUUCACGCAGCUGGUCGACAUGGCAUCUGAGUCUGUAGGAGGACAGGUUUUAUUUGCAACAGAUGACUUUUUUGCUCCUGCGGAAAACCUUAUAAAGAGUGACAGCCCAAGCUUCAGAGAACAUGAAUACACUGAGUUUGGGAAGUGGAUGGAUGGAUGGGAGACCAGAAGGAAGAGGAUUCCAGGUCACGACUGGUGCAUCAUCAAGCUGGGGAUACAAGGGAUUAUCCGGGGCUUCGAUGUGGAUAUUUCUUACUUCAUGGGAGAUUAUGCUCCUCGAAUGUCAAUUCAAGCAGCAAACCUGGAAGAAGAUAAACAACCAGAGAUCCCACAAAGAGGAGUCAGGAUGGGAGCCGCAGCCACGCCGGAGGAGUUUGAGGCUGUUGCAGAGCUAAAGUCUGAUGACUGGAAUUACCUGGUCCCCAUGACAGAGCUUAAACCAGGAAAGCCUGCGUCCAGCCACAAUUAUUUUGCUGUCAAUUCUCAGGAGAGAUGGAGUCACAUAAGACUCAACAUUUUCCCAGAUGGUGGAAUCGCACGUCUUAGAGUGUACGGUAUGGGGCAGAAAGACUGGACUGCAACCGACCCCAAAGAACCAUUUGACCUAGUAGCCAUCGCUUACGGGGGCACCUGUGUAGGAUACAGCAAUGCACACUUCGGGCAUCCAAACAAUAUGAUCGGAGUCGGCAAGGCCAGGUCAAUGGCAGACGGCUGGGAGACGGCGAGAAGGCUGGACAGGCCGCCGGUAUUAGAGAAUGAUGAGAAUGGCGUUCUCCUGGUUCCGGGUUCUGAAUGGGCCGUUUUCAGAUUGGCACACCCUGGAGUAAUAACUCAAAUUGAAAUUGAUACGACAUAUUUUAAAGGCAAUUCUCCCGACAGCUGUAAGCUGGACGGUUGCAUCCUGACGACCCAGGAGGAAGAGGACAUGAUCAAGCAGAAAUGGGAGCUUCCCGGCCAGAAGUGGAAACCGCUGCUUCCAGUCACGAAGCUGUUGGCCGACCAGAGUCACCUGUUCCACAGCCUGACCCUGGAGCUCCAGGACGUUAUCACUCACGCGAGGCUCACCAUCGCCCCCGACGGGGGUGUCAGCCGCCUGCGGCUCAAGGGCUUCCCCAGCUCCAUCUGCCUCCUGCGGCCCCGGGAGAGGCCCACCAUGAGGUUCUCGGUGAAAGUGGGCUUCCGGGCGAACCUCUGACUCCGCGGGGCCCAGCGCUCCGGGGAUGAC